UUGAAAAGAAUAACAAACCAAGGAAGAAACACAACAACUUGACUGAACCAAGAACUUUCACAAGGCGGCGUCGGCAGCUAACGCAGCCGCAGGCGUCAGCCAUGAAGGUUGAUACCGUUAAACUGAAGAAAGGCUCUUCGGAGCUGACUUCAGAAUGUCGCGAAUUGAUUGAUGAAUUGACCAAACGACGCACUCGUCCCGAAUUGCUAGAAUUUUUGGAUACAGUGCAUGUUUGGAUAUACGGAAAAUGUGAAUUAUAUCAUUGGAUUGAAAUAUUGGAUCGCUUCGACAAAAUACUCGAAGAGGCGGCUCGCCAUGUGAAUGCCAAUGAGUUUGUGCUGCAGUGUGAUACAACAUUCGUCGAAUCGGAUGUUACUUUGCUGCUGCACGUACUCAAUUUCACAACAUUGCUCAUCGAGCACUCGUUCUCUCGUCAUUUGUACAAUUCAAUUGAGCACCUGACGCAGCUUUUGUCAUCACAGAACAUGGACAUUGUGUUGGCCGUGCUCAAUUUACUGUACAUGUUCUCCAAGCGAAGCAAUUUCAUUCCACGCUUGCCGUUUGAGAAGAAGGAAUUGCUUAUUGUCAAACUGUUCAAUAUCGCCGAGCGUUGGGGCGAUCCAAACUACGGACUAUCCCUAAAGGACUGCUGCAUUGGCGAGCCAAAGCUCGAGUUCCUUUAUCAGUUGUGCAUUGACUAUGUCGAUGAGAAUGGCCAUGCUGCACAGCUGGAAAUACCAGACAUGAUGGAUCUCUGCCAGACAGCGGAUGCCCCAGAAGUUAUCAAAAUCAUUGCCGGACAGAUCUCAAAGCCCAGUGAGGCCAUUAAGAUGCGCAUCGCUCAUCGAGUGCGUCUCAUUUCUGGCUUUAACAAUUACAAGUUGCGUUUGCAAUUUGUGCAGGCGCGCCUGCAGGCUGUAUCGAUACUGAUAUAUUCGAACGCACUGCAGGAUAACACAGAUAAAGUGCUCUACCCUGGCUUCGGAGAGGAGCUAUGCGAACUGAUUGAUAAAGAAGAUGUGCAUUUGGUGGAAAUACGUGCCGCUGUGCUGCGUACUCUAACAUCAAUGCUCCACUUUGAUCGUAAUCCCAGUGUGCCCAGAGCUGGCUCCCGUUUGAUGAAAAUCGUGCAUUAUACGGGCGCUGAGCGACAAGGCGGCACAUUGCCUUUGCUAGUGCGCGAUUGCAUUGAUAAUUUGACCACACACGGCUUGACAGAUCGCUAUCCAUUGAUCUUGGCCACCUCGCUAUUCUCGUUGCUUUACCAUCUGGCCAGCUAUGAGCUGGGCGGCUCGGCGCUCGUCAAGAGCGGCAUGAUGCAGUCGCUGUUGCGCGUCAUUAGCUGGCCGGGUGUUGAUCUGGAGCACAUCACAUUUGUGACCCGCGCCGUGCGCGUUAUUGAUCUGAUUACCAACAUUGACAUUGCACGCUUUCACCAGAACAACGGCCUCAAUGUCUUCAUUGACCGCCUCGAGAAGGAGAUCAAAAGCUGUUGCCGUGCCCUAGCCGAAAUCGGCAUCACACUGAAGGAGUCAACUCUGCGGGACGAGAGCAACUCCACAGAUAAACUCGACGGCUCUUUGGAGCAUGCCGAUGAUGAUGAUGCUGCCACAGAGAAUGCAUCUGUGGCCAGUGGCAGUGGUUCUCCGCGUCGCGAUAAUUCGAGCAGCGAUGGCAGCGGCAGUGCCAGUGAUAAUGCCCAGCGUGCCUAUCGCGUCUACAUGGAGCACAGCGGCGGUGAUCAUCCGCGUGCUGCUGGCGCUGGGACACCAGCCAGUUGGCUGGAGAUUGGCUCCCGCAGCUCAGGCAUACAUGCGCUGAGCAGCCUGGCCGCAGCGGCCAGCAGCAGCAGCAGCGAUGCAGUUGCUCGCGAACGACCUGUACAGUAUCCGGCAAAUAGCUACUAUGCUCGACCACUGGCCGAGCGCAAGGCCGAGCUGUCGUCACAGCUGCGCAGCAGCUUGCAGCCAAAGAAGCCGUCGUGUGUGACCCAGCGGGCGGCGCUGUUGAAGUCAAUGCUGAACUUCUUAAAGAAGAGCAUUCAGGAUCAUGCCCACUUCAGCAAUAUGCGCAACAUUAUGGAGACUAGCCUGACUCAGUCGUUGCGUCACAUCAUCGCCAAUGCCGAGUAUUACGGACCAUCACUGUUUUUGCUGGCCACCGAUGUGGUCACCGUCUACGUAUUCAAUGAGCCAUCGCUGUUGUCAUCGCUGCAGGACUUGGGCAUCACCAGUGUGAUGCUGAAGGCGCUCCUGCAGAAGGAUGUGCCGGCAACACGCGAGGUUCUCGGCUCUCUGCCGAAUGUGUUCUCGGCGCUGUGCCUGAAUGAACGCGGCCUCUUUGAGUUUCUAUCGUACGAUCCGUUCGAUAAGGUGCUACGCGUGCUGCUCUCACCGGACUAUUUGGUGGCCAUGCGACGCCGUCGCAGCUCGGAUCCUUUGGGCGAUACGGCCACCAAUUUGGGCAACGCCAUGGACGAUCUGAUCAAGCACCAUCCCUACUUGCGUGCCGAUGCCACCGAGGCGAUUGUACGUUUGCUCAACGAACUGGUACGCCUUGGCUCUGAUCCCAGCUUCAUAUGCUGGCGCGCCAACAAGGAGAACAGUGUCACUAGCGCCGCUCACGUCACGGCACCGUCAACGCCAUCGCCAUCGGCUAUGGUCAUGGUGGCAGCUGGGCCAGCACUGCAGAGCGCCACCGAUAAUAAUGACAGCAGCGGCGACGAUGAUGAUGACGACGAGGAGAUGAGCUCGGCAUCUCAGCAGCAGCAGCAGCAGCAACAACAACAACAGCAGCAGCAGCAACAACAACAAACACAUGCCAGCGCUCAACAGUCGCCCAUGGUGGCCAAUCGUCAACAGCAACCGCAAUCACAGCAGCAACAGCAGCAACUGUUGCCACAGCAAUCACAGCAACAACAACCACAGCAGCAGCAGCAGCAGCCGCAGCAACAACAACAACCACAGCAGCCCGAACGCGAGGCCAUACCGCUCAUCGAUUACAUACUGAAUGUUAUGAAGUUUAUCGAGGCGAUCUUCAGCAACAGCCCAAAUGGCGAUCACUGCCGUGAAUUUGUGCAAAAGGAUGGCCUUAAGCCGAUACUGCAGCUGCUCUCGCUGCCCAAUUUGCCAGUGGACUCACCAGUGUCGACCACAUCCCAGGCUGUGGCGAACGUCUGCAAGGCGAUCUUGAGCCAGGCGCAGGAGACAAAAGUAUUGGACGUGGCACUCAAGCAGCUGGCCGACAUUGUGGCCAAAUUGAAACCGUUGAUCAAGCACUUCACAUUUCCGGGCGGCAGCGUGCUGCUGGCGGAGCUCGUCUGCUGCCAGCGGCUGGAGGAUGGAUUUGCCAAUGCCGAAUACACGCCCAUAUUGCACAACAUGAGCUUUGUGCAUGGCUAUGUGGUGAUGCUGGUGCAUCUCUGCCGCAAUGCGUCCACCGAAAUGCGCACUGUGCUGCUCAAGCGUUGGGGCGCCAAUCGUGAGACGGGCGUGCAGCUGCUGCAGCAACUGGUCCAGCUGUACAUAUCGCUGGUGUGGGAGAGCACAAUAUUGUUGAAUCUGUGCUCGGAUGAGCCCACCCAGCAUCCGGAUCUCAUAUGGGAUGAGAUUGCUGCACAAAUGUCCGCUGCUGCCGGCACCGCGGAUCCAAUGACCGAAGCCGAAUUGUCACGCAAAUUGGAGCGCGCUGCCGAAUUCCGUACCAAAUACACACCCGAAGAGCAAUUCCGCUAUAUCAAAUCGCUGCUGGCGGCCAGUUCGCGUCUGGGCCGUGCCCUGGCUGAGCUGCUGGGCACUCUGGUGAAGCUAUCGGUGGGCUCACCGCAGGCACGUCAACGUCGCAUCAAUGACCUCAUUAGUAACAUUAACAAAGUUCCUACGCCGGAGGCGCGCGAAAUCGCUCGCAUCCUCAGCUCCAUAUUGGUGAAUGGAUUCAGUCAUGAGAGCAUAUUGCCCAAGCCGGUGCCCAAACUGAAGCUGACCUUUCUCAUCUGCUCGGUCGGAUUCACCGGCCCGAUGCUGUUCGAUGAUAAGCGCAGCGCCUUCCACUUGAUGAUCUCACAGUUUUGCGCCGAGAACGGCCUGAAGGCGUUCUUCGAGAUGUUCUACUGGGCCCUGUCGCUGGACAACGUUUCGCAGAAGUUCGAAUUCGAUCAAUGGGCACCAAUGGAUGAUCUGAUGCAGACGCAUGAGGAUGAUAAACGCGACUGCCCCGAGGGCACUGGCGAGUUCCUGGAUGCCUGGCUGCAGUUGCUCGAGAAGAUGGUGAAUCCACGCGCAAUGCUCGACUCACCGUACACGAUGAGUCCACGCUUCAACUACAUGGCCGACAGUGUGCCCUUCGAGCCGGUCUUCUAUCUGAUUCACAUCCAUCAGCUGGCCAUGCAGGCAUUGCGGCGCAUCUGGUGCCGCCGUCCCAUACAGAACUACGGCACCAGCAUGUUCGAGACGAUGCUCUUGAUACUGAAGCACUUGAUAAAGUCACAUCAGAUGCUGCUCGACCGUUACCAUACGCGCAUGAAGGAGAUCAAGUUCGAGAAUCUCUAUAUACGCAGCACAGACGACGGCCUCAAUGCUGAACACAUCAAGACACUGACGGACAUGGGCUUCCGUCAUUAUCACAUUAUCGAAGCGCUGCGCAGCAAUACCUCGCUGGAGGAGGCCACAGACUAUCUGCUGAACAAUCCGGAGGCAAGCGCCCUCACACAAUCGGCCCAAGGACAAACUGGAGCCGGUGCUAAUACGGGCACCGGAACAGCCACUGGUAGUGGUGCUACAACAACAACUGGCGCUGGAUCUACUCAAAGCCUGUCACAGGGCAGCUCGGCAUCGAAUGCAGCUGCUGCUGCCGGUGACAUGGACAUCGAUAUGGAGGGGCCGAGCAGCGGUGGUGGUGCGAACGCAUCCACAUCCAGCUCGACCACAAGUGCCGGCGGCGUAACCACUGAUGGAGUUGCCGCCACAAUUGGAGCUAGUUCAUCCCAAUCGGCGGUCAAGCCGCCGCCGCCGCCCAGCUCAACCGGCUAUGACUACAGGCAACUGAAACUGAUGCCACCCUAUGUAUUCGAUCGGUUCUGUGACGAGGCCGUGUCGCGCGCCUUUGAGUUCAUGGAGGCCAUACCGGACACCGUGAACAGUGCGGCAGAUCUGAUAGCCGUGCUCUACAGACGCCUCAAUCAGCUGAAUCGCCAGGUGUUUGUCACCAACUUUGUGCGCAACAUCAUCCAGUGGGUGGACUUCACCCUGCAGCUGUUCGAGCCGGUAACAGGCGCAGGCGCAGGCGCAGCGGGUUCACCAGCCGGCAGCAAGCCGUCACCGAAAGCCAGUCGCCUGGAGGAGUGCUUGAGUGGAAUGACGGCCACACGUCUAUUCGUGCGCCUAAAGACGUCCACGCUGCUGCUGGAGGAGAACUACAGCGAUAUGCAUCGUCCGCUGGUGGAGGCCAUCACUGCACAGGACGCCAUGGUGUCUCUGGUGAAGCUGCUCGACUGCAUGAGCCAGUGGAUGCUGGAGCAGGCCCAGCUGCCCGAGGGACAGGCGCGCUCCUCGGUGCCGCGCUGGGUGCAGAAUCUGGUCGAUCUCAUCGAUGCCAUCGAUAGCAUCAGUCACAUACUGCAGCGCAAGUCGAACAUGCGUGCGGUCAGCAGUGACCUGUGGCGUUGGUACGACGCCUCGACCGGCAAGUGGAAUGCCUACUCGGAGGCCAACAAUGAGCUCAUACGCAGCGCCUAUGCCGCUGGCGAACGCUGGCUGCACAUCAAUAUUGGCCGUCAGCGGUGCACCGUUAGCUUCAACUGCAUGACCCAGGUGAGCGAUGCGUCCGGCAGCCAUCGGCCCGUCUAUCCGGCACUGAAGAUGUGCGAGGUGAUCAGCCAGCUGCAGAAUCCCAUUGCAUCCCACAAGAUUGAUAACAUACUGAAUCGUGUGGUGCGCACAUCGCCCGACGGCAAUGGCACCAUACAGACCGACGAGCUGGUGCCGCUGCGCCAGCUGAUCAACUUCAAUGAGCCAUUGGCUCCGCCGCCGCCGCCGCCACCGCCAGCUCCGUCUGCGUUGCUGAGGCAGCAGAGGAAGGCCGAAGAGGAGGCGGCAGGAGCGUCAGCAACCCAAGAUGACUUGAAUAGUGGCAACCAAUCGCCACCACCGGCCAUGACAACGCGCAGCAAGUCGCGCCAGAAGAGCGCUGCGGCUGCAGCCAAGGCCAAGGCCGCAGCAGCUGCCGCUGCCAACAGCAGUAGCAGCAGCAGCAGCAGCAGCAGCAGCAGCGGCGGCGGCGGCGGCGGCGGCAGCCACACCACCACCAACACCGGCCACUCGGCCUCCUCGAUGACGGGCAUACCCAAGCGCACACUGAAGAUUGUGCUCAACGAGGAGAACGUCGGCCUGAGCAAGUUCGACUGCGGCCGCAUCAUUACCAGCGUUGUGGCAUUGCUGCAGACGCCGCAGCUGCUGCACCACGAGACGAAGCUGUCGCUGCUGCGCCUGUGCGCGCGACUGACCCGGAAUUUCGAUAACGCCCAGGUGUUCAUACGCUGCGGCGGUGUCCACAUGCUGCUCCACUUGCAGCAAUCGUGCAGCUUCAUGGGCUUUCCCACCUAUGCGAUCAUCAUAAUGCGUCACGUCCUGGAGGCGCCGCCCGUGCUGCAGGAAGCCAUGGAGCGUGUGCUGGGCAUGCGAGCCGCUGGCAUUGUCCCAGUGGGCCAUCGUGACCUCAUCUAUGUGCUCACCCAGGUCUCGACAGCGGUGUCGCGCGACCCCAAGAUCUUCGUGGCCGCCGCCAAGGAGACGCUCAAGGGCGAGUAUAUGAUCAAUGCGAGUAGCAGCAGCAGUCUGAUUGAAGAUGGCCGCGUCAUGGUCAAGUCCAAAUUUGGCCAGCAGCCGAGCACAUCAGGCGCAUCGAACGCAACCCAGAAGGAAACCACACCCAAAGCCGACUUGAUCGAUGAUCCAACCGUGCAGUCCUCCAUUGCCGUGCUCAAGGAGCUGCUGCUGGCACUGGUGCAGCCCUGCUGUCAUUACACCGCCAAUGUGCCGGAUCAGCCGCAGCAGAGCUCGGCUGCAGAGCUCCUGCUGCCCGAUCAACCGCCAACAGGCACAACAGCCGGAUGCAUGGCGAAUCCCGAAGAGGACGACACAAUUCCCAGCUUGAAGAAGUCAGGUGGCUCGACGGCCUGCAGCGCGGAAAAGUACGAGCCCUGCUGCUGCACCUGGCAUAUACCGACCAGUGCACACAACCACAACAAGCCGACGCUGUCGCGCGCCACAUUGCUGAAGCUGCUGGCGGACGCGACACGCGCCUACCAGUCGCUGGUGCCGCGGGUGCUGCUCGCGCAUGUGUAUGUGCCCAGCGAUAGUCCAUUGAUUGGCAGCGAGUCGCAGAGCUUCCUGGCCGUGAUGCUGGAUCGCUUCCUGCCGAUGACCCAGCGCCAGCAUGUCUCCGAGGUGAGCACAAUGGCGCGCGUGCUGAUCUGCUCGCUCUCGGAUUGCUAUCAGCAGGCCAGCGUGCAGCAAAUGGUCGCCGAUGAGCUGCACGCGGCGGUGGCGCGCGCCCUAGCCCAGCCGGACUCGGCCGAGAAGCACACACGUCUGCAGGUGCUGAUGAGCCUGUUCCCCAACCUGAUCGAGUCGCCCAUGCUGUACGAUAAGGUGCACAUGCAUCGGAACACAAUGUACCGGGUGCUGUUGCGCCAGGGCGUGAUGACCUAUCUGACCAAGGUGGCCCAAUACAAGGACCUGUCCAAUCACAAUACGUUGAGCACUCUGGGCGCCAUCUUGCGCCCCAUGGAGAUUCUGUUGCGCUUCAAUGUGGCAACAUCAGCGCUGGGCUCGAAACGCAUCCUCUUCGGCGCCGCCAGCUCGGCCGGCAAUGGCGGCAGCAAUGGCAACAGCAGCAAUGCCAACGGCAUCGGCGGAGGCAACACAGUUAGCGCGAUCAUCAAUCGUCGCCUGUAUCCACGCCUGGCGGCACGCACCGUCAACGCCGGUCCGGAGCGCUCGGGCAGCGGUGAGCAUGUGCUGCGCGAUAUCAUACGGAAUGUGCUGUCCGAUCGUCGUCAUGCAUUCGAGUUCAUAUUCAAUUCGGACGAGAUGGCCGUGGACUCGGAGGACUCGGCACCGCAGCCAUCCUCGGGCUCGGGCACUGGCAGCAGCGGCGGCGGCGGGCCCGGCAUCAUCGGCGGCAAUCACAAUGCAGCCGCCAUCGAUGUAGGCGACGAACGCAGCGACGGCGCCGAGGCCGCCGAACCACCACCGCCCGCAGCCGGCGCAGCUGGUGGCAGCUCAGCGGUGCGUCCGGUGCUCAAUUUCGAUCAACUCUGGGACGAUUUCCUGCAGUGCGAGGGCCUCUUCCUGGCGUCGCGCGGCAGUGGCAGCGGCAGCGGCAACGCCAGCAGCAGUGCCAACGCCAACGGAUCUGGCGGCGAAGCGACUGAAAACGGCAGCAGCGGCUCUGGCUCUGGCCAGGCCAUGGGCGCCAGCUCGUCGGGCAGCAGCUCGGCCGUUGGCAACAUUGGCGGCGGCGGUGCACGCAUGCGUCGCAGCAGCAACUCGGACGUGGAUGUCGACGGCACCGGUGGCCAUGGCAGUGGCAAUGGCAGCAGCGGCGCCGUCAACGACAAUGGCACUGGCAGCGGAAGCGCCAGCGGCGGCGCCGGUGGUGGGGGUGGCAGCGAUGGCGCCUCCACUUCAUCAGAUACCGGCGGCGGCAACGGCAACGGCGGCAGUGGUGCUGCUGGCCAUGGCAGUGGAGUGGCCAGCGCCAGCAGUGUGGGUGGACGUGGCGGCGCUGGCGGUGGACCACGCACCGCACGGGACAUGAAUGCAUCGAUGCUGGGCGACGUCAGCUCCAGUGAAUCGGACUCGGAAGCAUCCACGGAGAACGACGAACGCAACGCUGAGGAGGAGGACGAUGACGAUGAUGAUGAGGCCGCCGAUGAGGAGGCGGACGAGCAUAGCGAAACCGAUGUGGAUGAGGAGCGUCCGCGCCAAUAUAUUGAAGUAUUUGAUCAUAUCUAUGAGCCGGAGUCGUCCGAGACAGCAUCCAAUGAUGCCGACGUCGAUGCCGAGGAUGAUGAGGACGACGACGACGAGGAUGACGACGACGACGAUGAGGACGACGAUGAGGACACGCGUGCACGCAAUGCCGACGAUGCGGCUCUCAUCGACGAAGUUCUCGCCCAAGUGAACGGCACCGGCAGCAGCUCGGGCACCUCGGCCGCAGCCAACUCCAACAAUCGGCCACGGCGCAGCGCCGCCAUCGAACCGAAUGCUGCUGCCAGCAGCGGCUCGGGAUUGCGCGUUGCUCCGCACCCAUUGACCGAACAUAUGCCACAAUUGGACGACACCAACAGCAACAGCAGUCAGACCCAGACUUCGAAUAGCUUUGAAGAUGAAUCCCGCAUGCAGGAUGGCUCCAUAGGUACUGCUACUGGCCAGCAGGUGGCGCUAACCGCCCACGAGGCCCAACUGAAGCAAGAUCGCCAAAAGUUCUUACAAUUCGCUGAGAAACAUCGCACGGUGCUUAAUCAAAUAUUACGCCAGUCGGCCACACAUCUGUCCGACGGCCCGUUCGCCGUAUUGGUCGAUCAUACACGUAUCCUCGACUUUGAUGUUAAGCGUAAGUACUUCCAAACCGAACUGGAACGACUGGACGAGGGCAUACGCCGCGAAGAGCAUACAGUUAGCGUGCGGCGUGUUACCGUAUUUGAGGAUUCAUUCCGUGUGCUCUAUCGUCUGGGUCCCGAGGAAUGGAAGAAUCGCUUCUAUAUUGUAUUCGAGGAUGAGGAGGGCCAGGAUGCUGGCGGCUUGCUCCGUGAAUGGUAUGUGAUAAUAUCGCGAGAGAUCUUUAAUCCCAUGUAUGCCUUGUUCUGCGUAUCGCCGGGCGAUCGCGUUACCUAUAUGAUAAAUCCAUCGAGUCAUGCGAAUCCCAAUCAUUUGAGCUACUUUAAGUUUGUCGGCCGCGUCAUAGCCAAAGCCGUGCACGAUAAUAAACUACUGGAGUGCUAUUUCACACGCUCGUUUUAUAAACACAUCCUGGGUAAACAGGUGAAGCAUACUGAUAUGGAAUCGCAGGAUUACGAGUUCUACAAGGGGCUGGACUAUCUGAUGAAAAAUGAUAUAUCAACGCUUGGCUACGAGUUAACCUUUUCGACAGAGGUGCAAGAGUUUGGCGUUACACAAAUCCGUGAUCUCAAGCCAAAUGGGCGCGACAUUGCCGUCACCGAGGAAAAUAAAUUUGAAUAUGUUCAACUCGUUUGCCAGCUAAAGAUGAGCGGCUCCAUACGUCAGCAAUUGGACGCAUUCCUUGAAGGCUUCUACGAUAUAAUUCCAAAGCAUUUAAUAUCUAUAUUUAACGAGCAGGAACUAGAGCUUCUUAUAUCCGGACUGCCGGAUAUUGAUAUUGAAGAUCUGAAGGCAAACACUGAGUACCACAAGUACACAUCAAAAUCGGCUCAGAUUCAAUGGUUUUGGCGUGCUUUGCGCAGUUUCGAUCAAGCAGACCGCGCGAAAUUCCUACAGUUUGUCACUGGCACCUCGAAGGUACCGUUGCAGGGCUUCGGUUCCCUAGAAGGCAUGAAUGGCAUACAAAAGUUCCAAAUUCAUCGCGAUGAUCGGUCCACAGAUCGUUUGCCAUGCGCUCACACAUGCUUUAACCAACUGGAUUUGCCCAUGUACAAGUCGUAUGAUAAGCUGCGCAGCUGUUUGCUCAAGGCCAUACACGAGUGCUCAGAGGGCUUUGGCUUUGCUUAAGCUGUGCCGUCCAAGGAUAGAUACCUAAAU